ACGCCCGAGGCGCGCAAGGAGGCGGGGCCGCCCGGGCCUGCGACCACAGAGGUCCUCUGGCUGUUGGUGCUUAGUAGCUGUACCUUCUUCGCGGUUCCUGGUCGCCGUCGCUGCCGCCGCCUCCACUUCCAGCUUUGCACCAUGGCCUUCGUAACCAGGCAGUUCUUGCGCACAGUGUCUUCUACGUCCACAGCUUCAGCCUCGGCGAAGAAAAUUAUCGUCAAGCACGUGACGAUCAUCGGCGGCGGGCUCAUGGGCGCCGGCAUUGCCCAGGUUGCUGCAGCAACUGGCCACACAGUCGUGUUGGUAGACAAGACAGAGGACAUCCUGGCAAAAUCCAUAAAGGGAAUUGAGGAAAGCCUUAGGAAAAUAGCCAAGAAGAAGUUUGCGGAAAAUCCCAAGGCAGGCGAAGAAUUUGUGGGGAAGACCCUGAGCAGCAUCUCGACCAACACGGAUGCAGCGUCUGUCGUCCAUAGCACGGACCUGGUGGUGGAGGCCAUUGUGGAGAAUCUGAAGGUGAAGACUGAGCUGUUCAAGAGGCUGGACAAAUUUGCCGCUGAACACACAGUCUUUGCCAGCAACACUUCCUCUUUGCAGAUCACAGAUAUAGCCAACGCUACCACCAGACAGGACCGAUUCGCCGGGCUCCAUUUCUUCAACCCAGUGCCCUUGAUGAAGCUCGUGGAGGUCAUUAAAACACCAAUGACCAGCCAGAAGACGUUUGAAUCUCUGAUGGACUUCAGCAAAGCCCUGGGGAAGCACCCUGUUUCUUGCAAGGACACACCUGGGUUUAUUGUGAACCGCCUGCUGGUGCCGUACCUCAUGGAAGCAGUCCGGCUGUUGGAACGAGGUGACGCAUCCAAGGAGGACAUCGACACUGCUAUGAAGCUGGGGGCUGGGUACCCCAUGGGCCCAUUUGAACUUCUGGAUUACAUUGGGCUGGAUACUACGAAGUUCAUCAUGGACGGCUGGCAUGAUAUGGACACACAGAACCCCUUGUUUCAGCCCAGCCCGUCCGUGAAUAAGCUGGUAGCAGAGAAGAAGCUUGGCAAGAAGACUGGAGAAGGAUUUUACAAAUACAAAUGACAAGCGCAGAUUCUCUGGCUCCAGGAAGAACCCAGUAAGCUCGUACCAGCAGCUGCCCCAAGUGCCCAUGGGAAUGCUCUUGGGUCAGACGUUCUCUUACACAGCACAAUCUAUUAGAUGUGCAUUUUGAUCAUAAUCUAUCUGACAUAAUUAUUUACACAUAGCAGAGUCCCCCAUUAAGAAUGAAUUCCCUUUUUUAGUCUGUUCAUUUCUGUGUGUUUUCUAAAAAGCUUUACACCCUUGGUGCCUUGGAGCAAACAUUUCUUUGGAACCUCGUCAUUUUCAGAACCCAUUGCCUGAAUCCGUUCACCUGUAGAGGGGAACGCACUUCCUCCGAGAGUGCGCUGGGUGCGUCACUGCCACGUGGCAGUUGUGGCUGUUGACGCGACCGUGGUGUGUCCGCAGUGCUGUCGGGAGGAGCAUGGCAUCGCACCUGUAUGAGAAUGUUUGCUGCCUGCAGCUUCAAGCCCUCCCCUGUGUUCUGGGUGUGAUGUAGUGUCCUGUCUUUAUUCAACUCUUCAUCGCGAUGCUGCUGCGGGGUGGGCGGGAAUGUCUCCAUGUGCUUGGAUUGCAGGGAGAGAGGUUUCAUGCACAUCAGAAAUCAGAAUGAUUAUGGUCUGUCUUUUUUUUUUUUUCCCAUGAGAAAUCAUUACUGCAAACUGCCUAUAAAUGGACUCCAAUAAAAUACAGUCUUUUAAUCUGUGAAAAUUUGAAUUGAAAUAAACAUGUAUAAUUUAAAAUGAUAA